AUGGCUAAUGGUUACUACUACCAAAGCGGUCCUUACUACUACAAUCCUUCUUACGCCCAAUCUCCUCCCCUGCCACUCCACCUCUGCUUCUUCCUCCUCACGCUCUUCAUGUUUAUAGGCCUCUCAUGGUACAUGACCUACGAGUCGGUGUUCGAGAGCUUGUUCAACCAGAUCAAGCUGCUGCUCAUGGUGUCGCCGCUGCUGCUGCUUCUGGUCGUCCAUUGGCUGUCGAACGACCCUCGGCGAAGGGUGUCCUUCUUUGCCCCCUUGGCGGAGAGGGACACCUUCCACCGGGACGGCGGAUCCCCGUGGGGCGUCGCGCUUGCUUUGGUGCUCCUCAUGUUCAUGAUCUCCUACCAGUCCUACUUCCACGACCGGUGGUUCCCCCUGCUAAGUCGAUAA